CGCCCCGCCAAUCGCCCCUCCCCAUCUUUCCUCCUUCGCCGCCUAUCCACCACAGCUGCCCACCAUGUCUGGACCUCUUUACUGGCUUCGGCGACUUGCCACCAAAGAGAAGCCGCUGCCCAUGCCGCCCAAGUACCUGCAUGUGGUCCAGCAGGAGGCCAUGGAGGAGUUCAUGCGCGAAAGCCAGUCCCGGCGUCUGACGGAUCGUCUGCGCACUUUUACUCGGGGGAAUCCCUUCCUCUCCUUCGGCCUGCCAUUUAUCCUCCUCGUUGUGCUCGGGUCCAUCCAGCUGUCCACCUUUAUGCAGGCCAAGAUGGAUCGCCUGGAUCGGAAUCGCCUGAUUGACCCGGAGGUUUUGACCAUGUUCGCCUCGGCCGAGGCCCGGAAGAAGGUCAAGGCUCAAGAUCCGGAUGCUCCUCGGCCGGUUUUCAACAUCCAGGAGGAGUACUUCAAGCUUCAGCGCCACCUCGACUUGGAGCAGGAGGAUUAUGAAAACAAGCCGAUCAUUCGCCCUCCUGGGUACUGAGGUGUGAUAGACUUGGCACGGGUCAGCCCAUUGCCCCUGCCCCCCCUCCCUGUUCCUUCUUCUUUUCCUCCUCCUCCCCCUCCAAAUAAGAGCGUCUCUGUUGCUUCCCUCAGUCCCGUCUCCUUUGGAAAUGGCGCC